CCGCAGCGAUCAACAGUUAAACGCUUGUACGCUUGAAUUGAGAACAUACUUAGAAACCUACAUACCACAUUGAUAUGUACAUACAUUAUUGAAGCAACUUUUCUGCCACAAUCACCUGCGUAUCGCCUUAUCUUAUCACAGCAAGCGACUACUGCGAACGAAGCGUUUUCCAGCGACACUGCGCUUGAUAUUCACGCUUAGUACUAUACGAUUGGUUGAAAACCGAGCAAUAGAGAUAAAAACUUUUGCGAUUUUGUAAAACAAAGAUGGAAAAAUAAAUACAUAUAAAAACUUUAACGGUGAAUCACAUAAAGAACUUGAGGAAAUGGAUAACCCAAAAAUGGCUUCGUACGAAAUAAUCGCCUCGAUAUGUCUUAAGAUUCUGAAAUUGUUCAACAACUUGGGCGUACUGGUCUUAUAUCGCACUGGCAAUGGAGGUGAUUUUUUGGGCAUUGGCGGCAGCUGGAGUUUGCAUGAGAAACACAAUCCUGCGCUUGAAAUGCUGGCUUCUGGCUUAUUUGUCGGCUUCAUUAUAUAUACAGCCGUAGUCAUUAUUGGAUAUUGUUUUGGAGGCAGCAGAACUAAGCGUGACUUAACGGACAUUCUUAUGAAUGCAAUCGGUACUGCAAUGUGGCUUGCAGUUGGUGGAGUGGCGAUGCAUUACUGGCUGGGUUACAUGUCUGAUGGCGAUUUCUCUUAUGUGAGCUCCGAACGCAGCGUCGGCAUAGCAAUGGGUGCUUUAUGUAUAGUUCAAAGUGCCUUGUAUUUGGUGGAUACUAUUUUGGGUUGCGUGCUUUAUUACAGGGGUCCCAUGGAGUAUGCGGUUAUAAGGCAUUAUACGUUGGAGUGAAUAAGAACUAUUUGGCA